GCCAACUGAAAUUGAAUAAAACAGUAACAAAAUUAUUUUGAAUGAUUGAAGUUUAUAUUUUAAUCGUAUUUAAUGUAAAAUAUUGCUAAAACAAUGAAACAUCCAACGGUUUAAGAAGGAUACAUUUUAAGAUAUUAGAUUUCUUCAUUCGCGGUUAAUUUUCAUAUAACUAAAAUUUUUAACUUAAUAUAUUUUAGAGCUUUAACCGGGAUUUCGCUCUGUGUACAACUACAAUAUGUUUCAAUUAUUUAACCAUUGUCAAUUUAACUAUUAGUAAGAAUGCAUUAAGUAACAGAAAAUAGGUAACAAUUAUUUGGCAGCUGGAAUCAGGAUUUCGCUCUGAAAAACACUCAGUACAUUGACUGCCUCUUGGGGGAAUACUUCGUGUCUUCUUGAAGGAUCGCCAAGUUUUAUCUGAUAAUUCGUUUGUUCGCUCUACAUAAUGUGGAGGUAACAUGAAAAUAGAAUAGAGUUAAGGGUAGCGAUAAUAUCAGUUGCGACCCUUGCUCUGAAUGGAAUGGAAAUUUACGUGCUUUUCAUCAUCCCUUCUGAAGGCGGAGAUUGAAGAGGUGGGUUGUGUGAAAGGAUGGAUUUUGAACACCGCAGGGAGCACCGAAGUAGUGGCUCCUCAUCACACCACCAUCAAAACCACCAUCACCACUCUUCAUCCCGUCAUUCAAGGGAUCAUCACCAUUCCAAUUCCCACCACUCAGACAGACAUCACUCCCAUCACCAUUCUGAUCGCCAUUCUCAUUCCCACUCUCAUCAUGCACCUCCCCCUCCUCCUCCACCACCUCCUCCUCCCCCACCAAGUCAGAAGACUGUUUCUGCACCACCUCCUCCCCCUCCUCAGCCGAAACUUCGAAAUUACAAGCUUCUGGUAGAUCCUUUCUUAGUCAAAGGUUCAACAAAAAUAUAUAGGUAUGACGGACAACCUCCUAAUGACUCAGUUUAUCCUCCGGUGCUUCAGGUUCGGGAUCCAAGAUCUCAGUUGUCACGAAUAUGGACAAAGUUGGAUACACCCAUAGACCUUCCAGUCCCACGAUUCAAAAUAGAUGAGAAUUAUGUAGGAACCCCUCCUCCUGUUGAAGUCACUAUUUCCAAUUUGAAUGAUAAUAUCGACCGUUGCUUUUUAAAAGAUAUAGUUAGUAAAUAUGGGCCAACUGAAGACAUUUUAAUUUUUUUUCACCCUGAAACAAAACGACAUCUUGGACUAGCCAAAAUCAUUUUUGAGAAAGUGCAAGGUGCGAAAUUAUGCGUUGAGAAGUUAAAUGAAACAUCAGUAAUGGGUAAAGUAGUUAAGGUAUUCCUCGAUCCAUUUGGGACUGAGUGCCGAAGGAUGUAUACGGAUAUGACAACUGAGAAGAAGCCAGUAAAAGAACCAGAACCUGAGCCGCAGCUUGAAGAUAGAAGGAAAGAAGAGGAGAAACCAAAAGUUAUGAUAAAGCCUAAGCCAAAGAGGGAUAGAAUAAGAGAAGAGAGGGACGAUAAGCACUAUACUAUUGAUUAUGCCACACCCAGUUCUGGAGAUAGUAGUUCUGUUACGCCUAGUCCUAGAAACUACACAAACGAUAGGCUUUACAUGAAAGAUUAUCCUUACCCAAGCAGUACUCCAAUAGCCUAUGACUACAAUCACCAUUAUCCUGCUAAUUACAGUUAUAGAGCUUUUACUCACCCACAGCAUAUCGCGUUACAUCCACAACAUUGGGUUUGGCCACAGCCUGAAGGUCAGAUUGGAACAUGGGAAGUCAAUCAACCCACACCUCCUCCUCUACCGUCUUUGCCUCCACAACCUCCACCCGAGACUGAAUUAGAAAAGCCUAGAAAAAAAGAACCUUCUCCAGAACCUAAACACUUAGAUUUAGAUACACGAAUAGAAAUGUUACUCAAGGAAAAAACUGUAGGUGGUGCAAAUCCUCCGUUUCUUCAGAUUAUUAAUAGUGAGUCAGAAGAUGAUGAGCCUAAAGAAACAAAAAGAAAUAAACGUCUAUCUACAGAAACAGAAAAUUUUAUUGCAAGUAGAAUGUCUCUUCCAAUGCCACCUGGACUUGAAGAAAUGGACAGAUCACCUUCUGACACUGAAGAACAGCCAUUGUCGACACCACCUUCUCCUUUUCUUUCCCUGGAAAUAUAUCUUGAAUGUCAUCAGAAGGCUAUUGAAAAAUCUAGACUUGCGAAACAGAAAGAAAUGUUGGAAACUACUGCCUUCUUAGAAAAGAAAUCUAAAAAUUUUAUAAAAGAUAAUUAUUUACAUAGUGAAAUAAGUUCAAGUGAUGAUGAAAUUCUUGGUGGUAAAGAAUCUAAACUGGCUUCUCCUCUUAUUGAACUUGUUAGUAAAAUGUCACCUAUAAAAAAAGAUCAAGAGGAUGAUGAUCAUAUGAGCUUAUCGAGCCUGAGUUCUGGGGAACCGAAAAUUGAAGAGGUGAAGCCUACUGACAGUAUGUUCCAAGCUCCUACGCAUUACAAUGGUUUUACUACUAGUUUCUAUAAUCAUCCUCCACCUGGGCACCUUUAUGCACCUACUGAUAUGUACCUUUGGCGACCUCCAACGAUAGCCGGCUAUCCUGCUGCCUACUUCAGUCCAGGUGUGACACCUUUUCCUCACAUUGCUCAUAUCCGUCCUCCAACCAGUUAUCCACCCCCUGGGUAUAUUCAUGCAAUCAAUUCACAACAGCGUAACAUUCCUAUUAGUCCACAUGAUGCUACGAUCCGUUCGGUUUUAAAUAAAAUUACUGAGGAGCUUAAACAGAUAUUGAAGAAGGAUUUUAAUAAGAAGAUGGUUGAAAACACAGCUUUUAAAGCUUUUGACAGAUGGUGGGAUGAAAGUGAAAGAAUGUCUAAACAACAAGGCAACAGUGAUGGAACUCCAACCAAGUCUGAAGCUAAUCAAACUAGUGGUCCUAUCCUGAUGAAUUCGAUUAUAGAAUCAGGCAUGGAGUCUUUAGAUCCUAUGUCAUUAGGUUCUUUUGGAUUAGGAUUCAGAGCAUCUCUUCCUAAACUUCCUUCAUUUAGACGUAAAAGAAAAGCGCCAUCUCCUGUUCUUGACGAAUCUUCAGAAAUGGGCAAUGUCAGUGAUCAAGAAGAAAUUGUUCAGAGGUCAGAUGAUGAAGCACCACCAUCAGAAAUAACAUCUGAUCAAGAACGAAUAACUACAAGACAAAGAAUUGUUCCAUCUGGUAGCAGCAGCAGCGGUAGUAGCAGUGCUAGUAGUCAAAAGAGUAGCAGUAGUAGUUCUAGCAGCAGUGAAAGUAGUGACAGUUCAGAAUCAUCUUCCAGUAGUGAAAGCUCAUCAUCUAGUGAGGAUGAAGAAGAAUCUAGUUCUGAUGAAUCAUCAACAUCUGGAAGGAGCUGUUUGGAUUAUCUCACGUUUGAAGACCUUGAUGAGCCUUUGCCAUCUGGUUUGCUAACUCCUAUUCCUGACCGAGAUGUUGACAGCUUUUCAGAUAUUUCAGAAGACUUUGAUAGGACAAAACCACCGAAAGAAAUUGAAUCAGAAGAGGAGAAAGAAAGCACUGCUGAUACUGACAGUCAUGUGAACGUCGAACAUUCUUAUGCUGCAAAACCUUCCACUGAGACUAUCCCACAUGAAAUGUUUGAUCAUGAUUAUGUCGUCGACAGGAAGAAGCAACCACUUAAACCAAUUCAUGAAAACCGCAUACCUAGGCAUGAAUUCCCUCCAAAAUCUGUCAAGAAAACUCACCUUCAACGAGACAUUAUUGGAGAAAUGAAUGUUUUAUACGAAUUUUUAACUAAAGGAAUCGACAGGGAAGAUAUCAAGUAUUUGAAAAUGAGUUAUGAACAUUUACUUGCUGAUGAUAUGCAGAAUUAUUGGUUAAAUGAUACUCACUGGGUAGAUCAUCCUGCGACUGAAAUACCUCCUCCUAAAAGAAGAAGAAGAGAUGAAAGGGUACAUAAAACAGGUUGUGCUAGAACAGAAGGUUACUAUAAAGUUGAUUCUAAAGAAAAGGAACGAAGACUUCAACAUCAUGCAGUACAUGCUGCUUCUGUGAUAGAGGAACCUGAAGACAUUCUUCAAAAACAGUCUGCCGGUAAAAUGGUGGCAAUAUCCCGUGAAGCCAGAAGUAAUCAGAGAAGACUGCUUACAGCAUUUGGAUCUGACACUGAUUCUGACCUUCUUAAGUUCAAUGUACUCAAGUUCAGAAAGAAGCAUCUGAGAUUUGCUAAGUCUUCUAUUCAUGAUUGGGGUCUGUUUGCCAUGGAACCGAUUGCAGCUGAUGAAAUGGUUAUUGAGUAUGUAGGGCAGAUGAUUCGACCUAUUGUUGCUGACCUUAGGGAACGUCAGUACGAAAGUAUAGGCAUAGGGAGUUCUUAUCUGUUUAGAAUAGAUGUUGAUACCAUUAUAGACGCGACAAAAUGUGGAAACCUUGCUAGAUUUAUUAAUCAUAGUUGUAAUCCAAACUGUUAUGCAAAGAUUAUUACAAUAGAUAGUCAAAAGAAAAUUGUUAUUUAUUCAAAGCAACAGAUAAAUGUUAAUGAAGAGAUAACUUACGACUAUAAGUUUCCGAUUGAAGAGGAAAAAAUUCCAUGUCUAUGUGGUGCUCAGGGCUGCCGAGGAACUCUCAAUUAAACACCGUUGCAGUACAAAUUAUUUUGUUGCUCAGCCUGGACAUAUAUAUCAUAUUUCUCUUUGUAUAUAGUAUUUUGAAUUGUAAAUAUUAAUGUAACAAAUGUUAUAUAUAAUGAAACCAUUUUUAUAAUUUUUUUUUUAAUUUAAUUUUUUUUCCCGUGUAAACUCAUUAAGAUAUUGUAAAUUAUUAUUUCUUUUUUCUCUUCUUUUUUUUUAUUUAAUUUUUUUUUAGUAUGACAUCUUUUCAGCAUCCUUUAGCAAUUGUAUAUAUAAAAUGUAUAUAUUGUGGAUUUGUAAUUGUUCUGAGAAGAUUGUCAUUUGUGUAAAAGAACAAAAUGUUUCUACAAACAGAAUAUUCUAUUCUAUAAUAAUAAAUAAAAAAAAAUUGAAAUAAAAAAAAAGUUUUGGAUAAGAAUAUUUUAAGAUAGAUCUCGCUAUUUCACUAGUUUGAGCAUAGUAAAUGUUAAAUGGAUUUCACAUAUGUGUUCAUUUUAUUUUUUAUUUUCAAAAGCAUAUACAUAUAUUUAUAUACAUCUUUUUCUUUUUUUUAAACUUACAGAAAUGAUGAAUUACAUUCAAAUCAGAAUGGUUUUUUUUUUUUUAUAGUUUAUUACGGAGUGAUUUUAUUAAUAAGUUCAUCAAACUGUAUCAUAUCACUAUAAUUAUGUGUUAUAAGUGUUUCUAAUUAUAUUAUUUUCUUUAAGUAAAUUUGUUCUAUUGAUUCACAGUGUUCAUACUGUCAAUAUUGUAAAUGAUCCUUCUAAAGUUGAAGUCAUGACUAUAGGCGAAAUAUUUAAAGUCCAUAAUUUAAAAUUUUACUUAUUUUAUGGUUUCAUUAAUCUAAGGAAAUAGGAGAUAUUUUUGUAAAACGCUCGUCGUAUUUAAAAAUUUGACUGUAAAAUUUUAACUUAUGUGCUUUGUCAUGAAAUUUUCCAAAAAUGAUUUUGUAUGAGAAAAACAAGUGUUUUGAAUAAAAUUUCUCUGGAAUUAUAAUUGGAAAAUAAAAUCAUUCCGUUUUAUGGACUUGAAAUUCCUUAUCUUUAUAUUUCUUUUGUCCCAGUAGUAAACAUGUUUUAAACAUUUGUUUUAUUUGAAAUUUUUUAAUUGUUACUAAUAGAACAAUCUAUAUAUAUUGAAAUAUAUUAAUAAAUGCUGUUUUUAAUUGUUUUAUAAAACAUUUUUUUAUUUUUGGCUAAGAUUUCCAGUUAGUCUACUAAAUAAAUCAAAAUCUUAAAUGAUCAACUACAAACGUGUUCAGGCUUUGGCUUACAGUUAUAUUUUGUGGAUAAAAUGUUAAAAACUUUUAAUUUAAUAUCAAACUUGAAGGUUCAUUGAAAAAAAGUUCUAUAUAUAUAAAAUUUUAAUGUUAAUUAUUGUUAAUUUUCAUAUUUGAUAUAUGAGUAUGCAUCUGGUCUAUGUCAAAAUCAGUUAGUUAUUUUCUAGGAUAAAAGUGAUUUUUUUCAUUAGUAAGAA